UCUAAGACAAAGAAGCAAACAUGAGCGGAAGAGGCAAAACCGGCGGCAAGACAAGGGCGAAGGCCAAGACUCGUUCAUCCAGGGCUGGGCUGCAGUUCCCCGUCGGUCGUGUGCACAGGCUGCUGCGCAAAGGCAACUAUGCUCAGCGCGUCGGAGCUGGUGCACCCGUCUACAUGGCUGCUGUGCUCGAAUACUUGACGGCUGAGAUCCUGGAGUUGGCCGGUAACGCCGCUCGUGACAACAAGAAGAGUCGUAUCAUUCCUCGUCACCUGCAGCUGGCCGUGCGUAACGACGAGGAGUUGAACAAACUGCUCGGUGGCGUUACCAUCGCUCAGGGUGGUGUGCUGCCCAACAUUCAGGCUGUGCUCCUGCCCAAGAAGACUGAGAAGUCCAAGUAAAUUUGCCUCCCAUACCCAUACCACAAAGGCUCUUUUAAGAGCCGCCCACCUAUCCCUUAAAAAGCAAUUUUCAAUGUCUGAUAGAAAUUGAUAAAACAAGGAAAAACGAAAUGUAUUGACUGGUUUACAUCAUGAACAAGAGAUCGGUUACUAUCGCCAACUCCCAAACCGCUGGCCUACACACGGUGAACAUACUGCCUGAAUAAACAACGUGAGAAGACACCGGAAGGGAAUUGGUUAGGUUAAUGAAUACAAAGACACGUUGACAUCCCAAGUGUUUCCUGCAUUAGACGCAAGCCAGCAUAGUGUGUUGCCAUGCAUGCAUCUACGACUAUGGCGCAGCUAAUAUAAACAUCUUGUGUGUUGAAUGCAUAUGCAUGCUCCACUUGAAAGCGUUUCAAACACGAAUUAUGCAAAGACCAGUGAGAGUGCUGCGGUUUGGGCGCCAAAGCCCAAUGAAACCUAAAAGCGUAGCGUGAUUGACAUAUGGCUAUGGCGUUAGCGUGGCAUG